AAUAUAUCUCGAUAAUCUCGAUAUUCUAUUAUAAUUAAAAAUUCUAAUAUCUAAAUAUCUAUCAUGUUCUAAUAUUAUACUGAUCGAAAUUAAAUUUUAAUUAAUGUUAAUAUAGAUUUUUUCAAAUAUUGUAAUAUGUUCGAAAAUGACUAACGUACAUGCGCAGUGAAAAGACCUUAAGUUAUUGGUUUGGAUGCCAUGUUGUCAUGGAAACGGAUAUAAGCAUGGCCGAUUAUACGACAGUUUACAAUUACCAGCCGUACAAGAAGGUAAUGAUUAAAUAUCUAACGAUAUCUCAUCGACAUUACAUGAUUUUUUUAGUGAUGUGAGAAAACAUGCGAGACUACUCGUGUUCAGUGCCGGACACGUGUACGGCCGUGCGGUUAGCGUGAUAGAUCUCAAGAUACUGAUUUUGAAGGUUACCUUUGUUGGUCGAAACGAGAAUUGGACGAAUGCGGAAGAAGAUGAAUCGGUAUAUAACCUUGAACCAACUUGGUGACGGUACCUUUGGUUCCGUUGUACUUGGCGAACGUAUCGACACUGGAGAAAAGGUCGCCAUAAAAAGAAUGAAAAGGAAAUACUAUUCUUGGGAGGAAGCCAUGAAUCUUCGAGAGGUCAAGUCCUUGAAGAAACUUAGCCACGCGAACGUUGUGAAAUUGAAGGAAGUUAUUCGAGAAAAUGACGUACUAUACUUUGUCUUCGAGUAUAUGAAGGAGAACUUGUAUCAAUUAAUGAAGGAUAGGGACAAGCUUUUUCCAGAACCGGUGAUCAGAAACAUGGUGUACCAAGUUUUACAAGGACUUGCCUUUAUGCACAAACACGGUUUUUUUCAUCGUGACAUGAAGCCAGAAAAUUUAUUAUGCAUGGGGCCGGAACUGGUAAAGAUAGCUGACUUUGGAUUAGCCCGGGAAAUACGGUCAAGGCCACCCUACACCGACUAUGUGUCGACUAGAUGGUAUAGAGCACCAGAAGUUUUGCUACAUUCGACGAACUAUAAUAGUCCAAUUGAUAUUUGGGCUGUUGGAUGUAUUAUGGCUGAACUUUACACAUUCAGACCUCUAUUUCCUGGCAAAAGUGAGAUAGACGAGAUAUUUAAAAUAUGUUCAGUCAUUGGGACACCGGAGAAAGAUGACUGGCCCGAAGGUUAUCAGUUAGCAUCAGCAAUGAAUUUUAAAUUUCCAAAUUUCACAAAAACGUCAUUAGCUGUACUGAUACCCAAUGCAAGUCAAGAAGCUGUGAUAUUGAUGGAAGAUAUGUUACAAUGGAAUCCUAUUAAAAGGCCAACGGCACAACAAUCUUUGAGGUAUCCGUAUUAUCAAAUUGGAAUUCAACGUGUGGUUAGCAGUAAAAAAAUUGGAGUAUCAUCGCAGAGAGAAUUGAUAAUGAACAAAGUCAAUCUUCCACCGCCGAUUCCAAAACAAUCAAAUUAUCAUCAGCAUGAAGAUAUAAUCAAUAACGUAGUACAAUCUAGAGUACAAGAGAAGAUUGUACAGCCACAGCAACAACCGGUAUUACCAUUAUUGAAUCAUAAUAAUCGUAAACGUGAAAACAACUCGUCUAAAUGGGACGAAGAUGAUUUCGCUGAUAUCUUAGGAAGCAAGAUAAUCCCAGAGAGCAUCGAAACAAAGCUACUGCCUGAUCGUGUUUACAAAGAAAAUCGUGCCAAUUGGAAUGCCAAUUAUGCCGAGGCUGAGAAUUUCAAGCAGACCAAUAUGAAUUGGUCAUUACCGGUUUGGAACGAGACGAUGCAAUUAAAGAAUUGGAAUCAACAAUCUCAAUCGGCUACGAAGAACACUAGGAAGGUCUCAGCUAAACAACAUUAUCUCAGCGUGGCUCGGUACGUCGCUGGCCAAACCACAAAUUUGUCGUCCAGAAACGGAGACACCGACUCGAAUCGAUCAAGAAUUACGAUGAACGGCAUGAUAGGUCCACCUAGUUCAGAAAAAUAUGAGGAAUACAAUGACAACUUUUGGGGACCCAGAGAGAACGUUGAGAAUCAAACAAGGCAGCAUUAUCUCCCAAGAAAUCGUUUCAUAGCCGAGCAAAACUCAAGAAUGCCUUAUCCCAGUGUUUAUGGUACGCAUAAUAUCAAACAACCAAAUAAAUCAGCUCUACAAACGAAUCUCUUUGGAAGUGUCUUGAAUGUUCGUGGAAGUGGCGGUGGACUCCAUGGUCGAACUGAUUGGGCUGCUAAAUAUCUCAAAUGACCACGUUACAAUUCCUCCUAAAAUGAAAGAUUUAGUUUCUAUCGAUACUUACCUUAAUCUGUGAUAGAAUGAUUCCAAUCGUUCCAACAAUUUUGCAUUUUGCAUAAUCGUUCGUUUUAGAAAAGUAGAUUUCUAUUUUGUAGUAUUAGAUUUACCCUAAUGCUGUUUUGUUUUUUUUUAAUUUUUUUUAUUUUUAAUAUUUUUUCUUUUUUUCCCUAUUUCCUUCUCUUUUUUCUUUUUUCUUUUGUUUUCUCAAUCGAUUAUUAAUACCAAUAAGGUAAGAGAAAAGAGAAAAAAGAAAGAAAGAAAGAAAUGAAAAAUGAAUUCGAUAUUCAUUAUUCGAAUAUUUUUUUGGAUAAUAUUCUAAUAAUAUUUAGAAAAAGCAAUGAAUGGAACGUGUGCGUGAUCGUUUAUUGUUCAUGAAUAUAAAUGAAGCUAAGAAAAGUUAGCAGUCAUAUUAUCAUAUUAAAUGUCAUAAUAUAUAUAUAUAUAUAUAUAUAUAUAUAUAUAUAUAUAUAUAUAUAUAUUAUAUAAAUAUAUAUGCGAAUUUCAGAGCCAACAGGAUGAUAGAAAAUACUAACGUAAUCUUCUUAAUAUUAUAUGAAAAUAAUUUAAGUAUGUAUAUAUGUGUGUAUAUAUAUAUAUAUAUAUAUAUAUAUAUAUAUAUAUAUAUAUACACACAUAGUCACACACAUUUAUUAUUUGUACAUAGUAACAUUAUCGCAACAUUGAGUAAUAUCUUUUCAAACAAUUUGAAAUAAUUUUCUCUCUUGCAAAUUUUUGUUAAUGCAUAAUAUAAUAUGAAUGAUUCAUGAAUGAUUCAUGUUGAUCUUUUUCUUUCUUUUUUUAAAUUUAUUUAUUCGAUCUAAUGACAGAAUAAUAUACUCAAUGUCGCAUUCGAUACAAUAAAUAUACGGAAGUAGAUUAUAAUAACAAAGAAAAAGAAAAUAAUAAUAAUAAUUAUUAUUAUAAUAGUAAUAAUAAUAAUAAUAACAACAACAACAACAACAACAACAACAACAACAACAACAACAACAACAACAACAACAACAACAACAAUAAUAAUAAUAAUAAUAAUAAUAAUAAUAAUAAUAAUAAUAAUAAUAAUAUAAUAUAUAACAAUAAAGAAGAAA